AUGAUAAAUAAAAGUCUAAUCCCACUUGUUAGUAUUGAUGGAAUUGUAUAUAGUGUGUUUGAUACAACUACAGACAGUGAUAGUCAUGCAGUAACCGCUGGCUCGGAUAUUUGUCAAUAUCCCAUCGAUCAGUCACCCGAUAAAGCAUGUGAUGGUGAUAUUUCAACAAAAUAUUUAAAUUUUGGAGAAUAUCAAUCAAUAAUGCAAGUGCCUACGUGUUGUUUGAAUACUGGUUUUUAUCUUGAAUCAAAGCGUGGUGCAUCAACAAUUACAGGAUUUCAAGUCUGUGCACGGUUCGAGUUAGACGUUGGUCUACAAUGGCAGUACUGGUUUCAAACAACUUCAUAA